CACGCCGAGGGACGGGAACGGGCAACGGCUAUCGUUAAUGUGACGGAUUGCCCUCUAAAGAAUGGCGUUAAAGUCACGCUGAAUCUACGCGUUUACACAUCAACGUACAGCCUCGAUCCUCGAGAGAAGGAGCCGCGUCUGCUUUCGUUCGGGCAGGCCGUUUGGUGAGCGAUGCUGCCGGCUUCUGGCUGUGACUGCCCCCACCUGGACUGCGUGGGGGAAAUCACCAAGGAGGAACUCAUUCAGAAAUCCCACGGCCAAUGCCAAGACUGUAAAGUCGGCGGACCAAAUCUGUGGGCGUGUUUGGAGAAUGGCUGUGCAUACGUUGGCUGUGGAGAAUCUCACACCGACCACAGCACCGUGCAUUCGCAGGAGACGAGGCACAACCUCACAGUGAACCUGACCACGCUCAGGGUGUGGUGCUACGCCUGCGGCAAGGAGGUUUUCCUGGAGCGUAAGCUUGGUCCUCACUCUCCCCACGGCACCAGCAAACCGCUCCCGUCUCCGCAGAACGCUGGACAGGAUAACAGCAGGGCCCCUGGGAGCCCAACCUCCCUGAGAGUGCCACCUAAUGGAGGCUGUGAAGACCUGGAUAUGGACAUGGAGGAGGAGGAUGAACUGCGGGCCAGAGGCCUGACGGGGCUGAAGAACAUAGGCAACACCUGCUACAUGAACGCUGCCCUGCAGGCCCUGUCCAACUGCCCGCCCUUGACGCAAUUCUUUCUCGAAUGUGGUGGCAUGGUGAGGACGGACAAGAAACCUGCACUCUGCAGAAGUUACCAGAAGCUUGUGUCGGACCUUUGGCACAAGAACAGACCCUCUUACGUGGUUCCAACCAACUUGUUCCAGGGGAUCAAAGCCAUAAACCCCAUGUUCAGAGGAUAUUCUCAGCAGGACUCUCAGGAGUUCCUGCGCUGCUUGAUGGAUCAGCUUCACGAGGAGCUGAAGGAGGCGCAGCCAGAGCCCUACGACCAGUCCAACGGCGUCACCGUGGACGACGGUCCCGAGGAGGACAACCGCAGUCAGUCGGACAACCGCAGUCAGUCGGACAACCGCAGUCAGUCGGACAACGACUUCCAGUCGUGCGAGUCCUGUGGCAGCAGCGAGCGGGCCGAUAACGAGGUGCAGGGCGGUAACGCCACCAAGGAAGACACCAACGAGGCAGAGAUGCUGAUUACUGAGGAAAAUGAAAUCCAGUCCAACAGGGAGUGGCAGAAGGAGAAGAACAUGAUUAAUGACCUUUACCGCUCUGGAGUUAAUGGGGUCAUGGGCGGAAGCACUGGGGUGGACAUGGACAAAGACGUGGACACCACCACCGAAACAACGCCCAUUAUCAGCAGCCAGGGAGCCAUCAAGGUUCAAGGAAGAACAUCAGAUUCCUUCCCAGACAUCCAAAUAUCCAACUCCACAAGACCACAGAGUCCGGUCCCGACGGAGGGACACAUUCCCAAAAUGUCCAGCAGUCCGCCCAAAGCUGCUUCAGGCUGGUCCAGCCUUAUCCCUUCACACAAGAAAGCAGUGACUACAUUCUCCGCACCGAAGAGCAAGCGUCAGAAGAAAUACCGCAGUGUCAUCUCCGACGUGUUUGAUGGGACCAUCGUCAGCUCCGUUCAGUGCCUCACCUGUGACCGGGUGUCUGUUACUCUGGAGAACUUCCAGGACAUCUCGCUGCCCAUCCCAGGAAAGGAAGACCUGGCCAAGCUCCACUCCUCCACCCACCAAACCUCCCUGGUUAAGGCCGGCUCUUGUGGAGAAGCGUAUGCCCCGCAGGGCUGGAUUUCCUUUGUCAUGGAAUACAUCAAGAGUUGGUUCUGGGGUCCAGUGGUUACGCUACAAGAUUGUCUCGCAGCUUUCUUUGCCAGAGAUGAACUAAAGGGAGACAACAUGUACAGCUGUGAAAAAUGCAAGAAAUUACGAAACGGAGUCAAAUUUUGUAAAAUGCAAAGUUUGCCAGAGAUCCUGUGUGUACAUUUGAAGCGCUUCAGGCACGAACUGAUGUUUUCCACCAAGAUUUGCACCCACGUGUCCUUUCCGCUCGAGGGCCUGGACCUGCAGCCUUUCCUGGCCAAAGACAGCUCCGCCCAGACCACCAACUAUGACCUGCUGUCAGUCAUCUGUCACCACGGCACUGCCAGCAGUGGCCACUACAUAGCGUACUGCAGGAACGAUUUGAACAAUCUGUGGUAUGAAUUCGACGACCAAAGCGUGACCGAGGUGUCCGAAUCCUGUGUCCAGAACGCCGAGGCUUAUGUGCUCUUCUAUAAAAAGAGCAGCGAGGAUGCACUGAAGGAACGGAGGAGGGUGUCAGGUUUAUUCAACAUGAUGGAACCCAGCCUUCUGCAGUUCUACAUCUCCCGCCAGUGGCUUAACAAGUUCAAGACCUUUGCUGAGCCGGGGCCAAUUUCCAAUGACGACUUCCUGUGUUUGCAUGGAGGUGUGCCUCCCAACAAAGCAACAUUUAUUGAUGACUUGGUAGUAAUGCUGCCGCAGAACGUGUGGGAUCACCUUUACAGCAGAUACGGCGGAGGACCGGCUGUCAACCACCUGUAUGUCUGCCACACGUGCCAGAUUGAAAUAGAAAAAGUGGAAAAACGGCGCAAGUCAGAGCUGGACAUGUUUGUCAGGCUGAACAAGGCGUUCCAGGAGGAGGAGUCUCCAGUGGUCAUAUACUGCAUCAGCAUGCAGUGGUUUCGUGAGUGGGAGGGCUUUGUCAAAGGAAAAGACAAUGAUCCACCGGGGCCCAUUGAUAAUUCCAAGAUUACAGUAAACAAGAACGGUCACUUAACGCUUAAACAAGGAGCCGACUCGGGGCAGAUCUCUGAGGAGACGUGGAACUUCCUGCACUCUAUAUACGGUGGCGGUCCACUUGUGACGGUUCGGCCAAACAUCAGCCACCAAGAAGCAGAAUCGUCACAGUCCGAGGAGAAGAUCGAGAUGGAAACACGCUCUGUUUAAUCAAGCACUCUGCAGAAAACAUUCAAGAAACUAAAAGCCUUUUCAUUUUGCACUUGACUUUUAUUUCAAAUGCAGUCAAACAAAGGACCUCAUCUUUAGCGCUACAGGACAGUCUGACUGCUGACAGGUAGAAUUAACGUGUCCGAAGAGGUUUGUCAUGUUGUACCAAUCUGUUUGAAGAGCUCUUAAAUUUAUUAGCACUAUUAGCUCUAUUAGCACUCGUGUGUUGGGUUAUUUUAAGAACCAAGCAUUUAAAUUAUGUGCAGCUAAAAAUUCCACAGAAUGAAUGCCAUAUAUCUUCUUGACCAAAUGAGCACAUAUUGUAUGUCCAUUUGUAUUGUAUUGUUGGAUCACAAUUUUGCUGUAGAUAUAUCACACUUGAUCCUGUUUUAAAGAGAAUUGUGUCCAAUGAAUGCCCAGAAGACGUAAAAUGUGAUAUGUAAAGUGAUGAAAAUCACUAAGUUAUGAAGGGACUAAUAACUGAGUAGUCUCAGGAAUUAAUUUUGUGUUUUGCACUGUUCUGUAGAAGUACAAAUUGGCAUGCUUAUGCAAAUGUCUGGUUUGUAUUUGAAUGUACCAGUACUGAUAGUAUGUUGGUCAGGAUUCAGCACUUGGUAACUUGGCACAGAAGGGAGCAUAAUAAUAAUAAUAAGAUGUUAAUAGGUUGUUUUUUUCUAGGAAAUGUGUGGCAGGCAAAGUCUGUUAAGAAUGCAUGUGCUAACACGCAAACACAAUUUAACAACACAUGUAACUGCAUGUAAAUGCAAAGCUUCUUAUAAAAUGUGCACGCACAACAAAAUCUGGAUUUCUCUUUACUGAAUUGUACAGCUACCGAAAGCAUACUGAGCUGUGUAAUCAGCAGCAGCAAUCAAGUUAAUUAAAGGCAAUAUUUUUGAGUAUGGUGAAAGGGUCGCUUCAUGAGUUGGCUGAAUGGGUGAAGAGAACGCUUUACUGUGAGGUUUUGCAUAUAGCUGUCACUUGAGUGAGAUCCAUCCUGAUUUUUGCUGCCUGACACUAUUAAAUCUUGAUGAAAACACGAUUAAAACUGUGGUCACCUUAA